GUUGUCAAACAAAUUUGUAUUAAAUAUAGUGUUAAUUGUUGUUGUUGUAUUAUUCAACAUAAAACAAUAAUGUGCACUAAAUUAUUAAUUCAUUCCAUGAUGGACAUUUGCUGGAUGUUUAUGACAAGUGUCAACGUUUCUAAACAUUUUUUGUGCAUUUGCUUAUUUGCUAACUUCAGUGGUAUUAAUAUAGAGAUAGAGAAGCAAAGUGUUUUAAUUUCCAUGCAAAGAACUUUUAGGAAUAUGUAUUCUAGAUAAUGCUACAAUAGACUAGUUAGAAUUUUAACUAUUGUUCGUGCGUCUAGGUUAUCCUUUUAAGAUCUGAGACUACUGUAAAUAAUGUGAAUAUAAAUUUAAUAAUAAAAAUGGGCGAUCUUACUUCCUCUGUAGCCAAACUUGAAAUGAAAGAAAACUUAUUUGAGAAGAUAAAGUUUUAUAUUAGUGGAGAUGUAGAUGAAAAGGUAGUAGAAUUAUUAAAAAAUGGACAUGCAGAGAGACUAAAUUAUUUUUCAGACUAUGUUACACAUCUAAUUGUGGGAGAAAAUUCUGAAGAAAAUGAUAUUGUAGAUGCAACAGAUGUAUAUGAGAUUCCAGCAGUAACACCAAAAUGGAUUCUAAUGUGUGCUGCACUUCAGAAGCUUGUCAGCAUAAAACCAUAUUUAUAUUCUCCCAAUGGAAAACUGUUUUCAAAAUUUACAUUUUGCUUUAGUCACAUAAGAGAGGAUAGAAAUUACUUGUGGUCCUUAAUAACAUAUCAUGGUGGACAAGUUCAAUUGAAUUUUGACAAAAAUUGUCAGUUUCUUGUUACAACUGAAUUUAAGGGAGCCAAAGCUGAAAAAGUUGAAGAAAUAGGUCCCAAUUAUGUGAAAAUUGUUACACCUGAUUGGGUAGUGGAAGCUGUUAAAAAUGGGAUACUACCUGACACAUCUUUGUUUCAUCCGAAGCUUAUCAACUGGCCUAAACCUAUUGAGUAUGAAAGUACUGCUGCUAUUACUGGUUUUGAACCGGAACAAUCAAAUAUAGAAGAGAAUGCAGAGGAAAAGGUUAUUUCAGAUUCAACUCAAGCAUUAUUAGAUAAACUGAAACAGAGAAUGCCAUGGAAUCAACCUAAAAUACCAUCAUCAACACCAAUGGCUUCCAUUACUGAUCCUAUAGCACCACCAAAUGUCGUUGCUCCUAGCUUUAUGCAAAAAACUCAACAACAACAACAACAGAUGCAACACCAACAGAAUACUCUUCAAAAAAUACAGACUCAUCCAACAACAUUAACACAACAACAACAACAACCACAUAGUACUCCACAAUCUCCAGUUAAUUCAAACUUCCCACAAAUUCCAAGUUCACCUACUACUUCCUUAAACAAUCAAGUUCCUAAAAGCAUUAUCCAUCACACACCAAAUCAGCAGCAAGGCUUCCAACAGCUACAAGUAUCCCAACAAACACAGCAACAACAGCAUCCGUUGAAUAUUAGUAGAUUGAUUGGACAAUCUCAACCUAGGCCUAAUUUACAAUUGAGAGGACAAUUGGUUCAGUCUCAGUUACAACAGCAAUUAUUGCAACAGCAAAACCAAGGUAAUGUUAUUCAGCGUAGCACUUCUCAAGUUCCAAUACCGCAACAGUUAUUACAGCAACAAUUAGCUCAAAGACAACUUGUGCAAAGACAAUUACUACAGAAUCAACUAAACCAAAAUCAACUUUUGCAGCAGCAACAACAAAUCAGUACAAGCCAACAACAGAUUAUUCAGUCCCAACAGCAAAUCACAACUUCUCAGCACUUGAGUCAGCUUACUCAACAACAGCUUGCUCAGUUACAACAACAACAAUUGCAGUUAAAACAAAACAAGCAAAUGCAGUUAUCUCAAAGUCAACAACAACUGCUGAAUCAAAAUUUGCAGCAACUUCAAUUGAACCAAAAUCAGCAACAAUUACAAAUAAAUCAGAAUCAACAAAUUCAAUUAAACAAAAAUCAGCAGCAAAUUCAGUUGAAUCCGAAUCAACAACAGAUUCAAUUAAAUCAGAAUCAACAACAGAUUCAAUUAAAUCAGAAUCAACAACAGAUUCCAUUGAAUCAGAAUCAACAACAGAUUCAGUUGAAUCCAAAUCAACAACAGAUUCAACUAAAUCAGAGCCAACAUCAAAAUCAGCAACAUGUUCAGUUGAAUCAGAGUCAACAGCAAAUUCAAUUAAAUCAAAAUCAACAGACAAUUCAAUUAAACCAAAACCAACAGCAGAUUCAACUGAAGCAAAACCAUCAACAGAUUCAGUUGAAUCAAAAUCAACAGCAGAUUCAGAUGAAUCAGAAUCAACAACAGAUUCAGAUGAAUCAGAAUCAGCAACAGGUUCAGUUGAAUCAGAAUCAACAAAUUCAAUUAAAUCAGAACCAGCAACAGAUUCAGUUAAACCAAAAUCAGCCACAUGUUCAACUUAAUCAAAAUCAACAACAAAAUCAAGUGAACCAGAAUCAGCAACAGAUUCCAAUGAAUCAAAAUCAAAUACAGUUGGGUCAAAUCCAACAACAAAUUCAGCUAAAUUCAAAUCAACAAAUCCAAAUGAACCAAAACCAACAACAGCUCCAGCUUACAUCAAAUCUGCAACAAAUUGCUGCUAACCAAAAUCAGCAAGUUCAAUCUCAACAGAUAAUGCAGAAUCAAGUUAUACAGCCCCAGCAACAGAAUCAGAUCAUUCAACAGCAAAGCCCACAACAAAUUCAAAUGGGUCAACAACAGAACCAGAUUAUUCAACAACAAAGUCCACAGCAAAUUCAAAUAAAUCAACAACAAAAUCAAAUUAUUCAACAACAAAGUCCACAAAUUCAAAUCAGUCAAGCACAAGGUUUUGUCCAACAAAAUGUGAAUAUAAUAUCUCAACAGAAUCAGCAAAUACUACAACAAAAACAGUUCUUGUUGAACCAACAUCAAGCGGUAACAAGUCAACAGCAAUUUGUUACUAACUCUUUUAAUCAAAGCCAAGAUUUGAAUCAACAGCAAAAUUUGAGCAUACAAAAUUUAAAUCAACAAUUAAGCACCCACAACUUGGGUCAGCAACUAAACCAGCAACAACUGAAUCAGCAAUUAACCCAACAUAGUCCUAUUGGUCAACAACUCGGUACUCAAUCUCAACAGAAUCAGUUAGUACAACUUAACUCACAAGAACAGUUGGAACAAAGACUGUCGCAACAAAACCAAUUGAAUCAGAUUAAUCAACAACAAAAUCGGUUAGGUCAACAAAAUCAAAUGAAUCAGACUAACCAAAUAGCGCAACAGACACCAAUUUCUCAGCAGAACACACUAAGUCAACAACAAAUAACCCAGCAACAUCAAUUGAAUCAACAAUUGAACCAAGUAACUCAGCAACAAAUUGGGCAAGGUAAUGUAUUAAACCAAUCAACAUUGGAUGAAGAGUUAGGAAGCUUGAAUCAACAGUUAAAUCAAGGUUUAAAUAAUCAAAUUCAGCAGCAACAGUUGAGUAGACAAACUCUUCAACAACAGCACCUUGGUCAACAACAACUUGGCCAACAACAGCAAAUUGGUCCACCACAGCAAAUUGGUCAACAACAGAUGCAAGUUCAACAGCAAGCAACUGUGCAGCAAAAUUUACAACAACAAAUAAAUCAGAUAAAUCAACAAGUGGCCCCAGGUUUGCCUCAAGUAGUUAGAACACAAUUUCAACAACAACCAAACAUUGGUUCUCAGAUACUCAUCAAUCAAUCAACAUCCCAAAACCCCGGCCAACGGCCACAAAUUAAUCAACACAUUUGGACUCAACAAUCCACUCAAAUUUCUGGGCAACAAAUAAUUAGACAUCCGGUAAAUGUUAUUCAACAGCAUGGUGGUCCAAGGUUACAAUGGUCUCCCACUGCUCAACAAGGAAAUGCAGUACCACAAAGACAGUUUAUUCAACUUGAUGCCAGGACUCACCAAGAAUUACAGAAGAUGCCACCAGAACAACAAGCCAUUUUUGUAGCGAAAAUACAGCGUCAGAGACAGUUAUUAAAGCAAGUUCAACAAAGGGGGGGCAGUCACAUUUUGAUAAGAGGUAACGUACCACCUGGAUUAACAACUCAGCAACAGGUACAGUGGUUGCAACAACAAGCCAAACAACAAGGAAUUGUUCUUCCUCCUAAUAUACAACAACAAAAUAUAACUCCGGGUACUUUGACGCAACCCAGUCUUGCCCAAAACAUGCAACACGCACCUGGGUUGAGCCCUAUAAACCAGAAUGCCGGGCAAUUUACAGAUCAGAAUCAACAGCAACAAAUUCAACUCAGACAGUUCCGAUUGCAACAAUUACAGUUGCAGAGAGAACAAGCACAAAAAAAUCAUUUGGCUCAGCAGCAAGCAGGAACAAUACAACAACCCCCAGUUGUACGACCAAUUGGUCAACCUCCUAUUGCCGAUUCGACAACAAAUUUGCCACAUGUACAAGAAGGAACUAUCCAAAAUCCUUUAGUAGUCAAUGCUAAAACUAAAACAGCCCUUGCUAAUAUGUUGAGUAUAAAACUACAAAGUGGUGGUUCAUCAGUGGGAGUUCAAAGAGCUGAUACUAUACAGGAACCAUCUGCCGCGGGUACUCUAAGAUUAAUGACGGCCCAACAUAAUGCUGCUAUUAAUUCGAAACCACAAGAAAUCAUAGCGUUGCAGAGGAGAACGAUUAAUGGUCCAAAUGGUGAAAUAAUUAAACCUCCUGGCGCUCAGCUACUUCCAUCUACACCCACGACUGAACCUCCUAAAUUGCAGUAUAAUUGUCCGAAACCGGCACUUACACCUUUACAGCAUCGUCCAGGUCCAUUUUAUGGGCAUAAUCCAAAUCUCAAAUUGCCACCUGAUUUAUUUUUGUUGGGAUGUGUUUUUGUUGUUGUUGAACUAGAAGAUUUCUUGGAAGAAAAAAUACCAGGUUGGCAAGAAAAAAUUGCAAAACACGGAGGUGAAGUGGAAAAACAAUAUUGCAGCAGAGUAACUCAUGUUCUUUGUGAGACUCAACGACAUGGAGUGGUAAUGCAAGCACUUCGAGAUUGUAAAAGAUGUGUUACAAUAAUAUGGCUUAGUGACGUUAUGCAAAGAAAACAGGUUUUACCACCUUGGACUGCAUUACAUCUGCCAAACAUUUAUUUGGAUACUACUCCAGCUGCAAAACAUCUAAUUUCCAUUAGUGGAUUUGAAGGAAAUGACAGAGCUAGAGUUAAACAAAUGAUUAAUUAUACGGGAGCAAAGUGCACAACAUACUUUUCUAAACAUAAUACUCUAUUGAUAUCUGCCAAAGCUGAUGGUAAGAAAUGUGCAUAUGCUAAAAAGUGGCAGAUUCCAGUAGUUAAUGUUCAGUGGUUGACUGACAUAAUGUUGGGACAUUUUACAGCAUUAAAUCAAUUAGAACAUCAGAUUUACCAACAAUUUCCGAAUCCACCGAAUUUCAGUUUUGAUCCAAAAUUGGUUCCUAACUUAAUGGUGGCUUGGAAAGCCCCAAUAAAUAUUUCUCAAGAAUCUUAUGAAAGGGUAAAGAGAAGCGCCUCUCCUGUAGUUACACCAAAAAAACCGAAAAAAUCUAAAGUAGACUCUACAGAUGAAAAUGAUAAUAUAAGUGACGAAAUGAUGGCAGAUUGCUCGUAUAAAAUCCUAUUUUCGUUAGUUAAUGAAGCAGUAAAGAUGAAGCAGAUGAUCAAAGAAUUGGGAGGAUGUAUUGCAAAAGAUCAUCAUGAUUUUACACAUCUUGUUAUGCCACAAUUAGCCCGGACUAAUAAACUUUUUUUCGCAAUUGCAAAAGAAGCCCAUGUCGUAUCUGAACAAUGGCUUAAAGAUUCGCACGAAAACAAUCAGUUCUUGCCAGAAAAUAAGUACAGUCUUCACUCUAAAGAAUUUAACUUCGAAUAUAAAUGUGACAUCGACCAAACGUUUCAAACCCGAAACAGGAGCAAACUAUUUGAUGGAAAAUUUUUUUUUGUAACUCCUAGCGUAUUUCCAAGUAAACGAAUUAUCGUAGAGCUAAUUCAAUGUUGUGGUGGAAUUGUUGAAAAGCACAGAAGAAGUUCGUCGCAAAUCGAAAUCACCACAGUUAAUUCUCCUUACAGUUAUUUUAUAAUAACACAUGAGGACGAUCUUCAUUUAGUUGCAGAUUUAUUAAGAAAUAAAAAAGAUAAAAUGAAAGUAGUAUGUAAUGCCGAAUUGAUUUUUAGCGCCGUUUUGAAACAAACCUUUGAAGUCGAUCCUUACGCGGUAUCUGUGUUAUGAUUUACUGAAUCUGUGUGUAGCGAGGAUGAGCUUGAAAAUUGAUAAGAAGUUAUUUAAUUUGGGGAUUUGGUAUAUUUAAAAAAAUUUGGAUGUUAUUGGUUCAUAUAUUUAGAGCUUAUGUUGAAAUAAAAUCAACAGAAAAGGAUUACUACA